GCCAGGCAGUCUGGCAGUCUGGCAGUCAGACAUGCAAACAGGUGCCAAAUGCAAUGCAACGUAAUGCGACACUGCAGCUGCAAGAAGGGAGUGGGCUGGGGCUCGCAGGCCGGAAGAGGUGGGACACAUGAUGUCAAAACAAAAGGGGGAGAGACAACCCGGACCGAUCUCUACUGACCGGCACGAUGCGCGGCAUCACCUCGUCGAGUCAAGCCCAUGGCCAACUGCGUGAGGGUCACUCCAGAAGUUGAGAACCCCCGGCAGGCCGCGAGAGAAGGCAGCGGUGGGUAGAGCCGUUGGUGCGCCCAAGUCCCUGGAGGUUGGUUCAUGGCAACGUGGAUGAAGAACGUGAGAGAACCUCGCCGCGGGAUGACAUCAGUGGGCAGUCCAACCCUGCUGCCCGAACGGUGCUCGAGUUGUCGAGCAGCCAACCACAACAACCGAUGCGCCGCAUCUCGCUCACCCUCCCACCUCCCUGCCUCUCCGCACUACUCCGUACUGUGGACGAAUGCCGGCUGGCGUAAUGGCGUUCGCCUCUUGGCAGUCGUUGGACGGUUGAGGGGGUCCGAGGCGUCCAGGCGUCCUGGCGUCGGGGCUGGCGGCUGGGUCUCUGGUGACACACUCUUAAUAAAGGGCGUUGCAUCAGCCUGCAUCCCACCCCAUCCAGUGACAGGCGGCGCCCUUAUACCCUGUUAAUGGGACCCUUGAUGCAGAUCUGUGGGGUGCCACCCACCGAAUAUGGUUCCUACAAAAGAACAGGUCCCUGCCGCUCUUGGGUAGGGCGCGCUGCUGACCACACAGUGCAUCCGAGGUGAUCUCAAGCAGAGUAUAUCUUGGGCUCAUCAUCCGGCCCCUUUUCGCAAAAGACACUACUUCCAGUGUCUACCUUCUUGGAAAUCUCCCCUCCAAAGUGGUUCUCCUCGUGAUGCCCUCACCGAGACAUCCCAAGAGGAGCGUCGACUACCUUCAUGGCCACAUUAGCAGCGAAAGCGAAGAUGAAUCAGGUCAUCACAGAUCGACUCGGCCUCGCGGCUAUAGCCCAAAACUACAGAGAGGCAUUUCUGAGACUUCACUCAUGACACGACAAAGAAAGGCCGAGGGCGUCGACAACAACGACAGCCAGUUCGAGUCCGACACGGACUACGACCCUCGCGACAAAUACUACCUGUCGGACGAAGAGGAUCCUCUAGACACACACGUCCCCUUGUCUGAUGAGAGAACAGGGACAGCCAGGGGCCAGUCCGAGGCAGACCAUAAGAGUCACUCUCGCCAUGGCAGCUCUCGACAUGGCUCAUCGUCGACAGGUGGACAUACGCACUCCCGCUCUCAUGGUGGCUCAAACGGACGCCAUCAUCACCAUCACUCGCACCAUCGUCACUCACAUUCGCAUCCCCCCUCUCACUCACACUCACACUCGAGAGAUCUAGAUGAGGAGGAUCACGUUGAGAGACACAGGUCGGCAGCUGCCCCUUCCAAGUCGUCAUCACACGCCAGCCACCCUCGGCCGAGACCAUCGCGAGCCAGCUCCUCGUACUUGAAUGCUGCUCGUCGCCCACAGAUGAAGCGGGCAGGCUCGUCGUACAAGUCCGCAUCACGCACCCGGGCAAGGGCGCGGCCGCGUCCGGUCAGGGGUCUGUCUCAGAACGGCCAGCGACGGGGAAAGCAGAAAUCCAACAAGAUGCCAUGGGAUACUUUCCCGUGGGAGGCAGCCGCGAAAGUCGCUGUCCAGGCCGGAGGCGUCGCACUGAUGAAAGUAGGAACUGAGCAGAUGCCUUGGAGGACAAAGGGAACUAAGAUCGCCAGCGCCGCCCUCGGGGCUGCGGUCGUGGACCACGUCCUCAAGCCUGAAAAGCGAGGCGGUGUCAAGUAUGCGGCCAUGCGGCAUUGUGCUGAGGUUUUGGUAGGAAAUAUGGUAGUGAGCCCUACGCUGAACAAGGUGGGCGGUGGGGGGAAGAAACGGUAAGGGGAGUGAGCCAAGGGGGAAAUGGAUGCACCCACGUCCCAAAGGCGUAGGUGUGUGCUUAUAUUGACCGUCAGAAGACCUUAGCUGGGGUUUCUAACUAGCGGUUCUCAGUGCCCGUUCCAGGCGUGUGUUCUUCUCCUCCUCUCAGGGUGUUAUGAAUCAUGAACUCAAGGAGAGCGGGCAGAGACAAAGUAUUGGGGGCUGGGCCAUUUGUCUUUUUUGUAACAAAGCAUCAGAGGCGUAACAAAUACGGGGUCAACGAGGAAGGGAUUUGUGAAAUUCAGGCAGCACAAGUAGCGCUUCUUCCAGCAUCUCAUUGUAUACACAAAAAAGCCUAGUAUUGGUAAACCAAGAUGAGCCUAGAAAUACCUAUGACCUGACAACAA